AUGGGUUGUUUUGGGCGAACCUUGAAAUGUGGAUUUGGUCCAUAUCCUUGUUUUUUAUGCUGUGUGAAGAAUGCUCGAGAAUCUACAACAACGCGUCUUCUCUAUACGUUGAUUCUUGUCUUCACUGCUUUUUUAUCAACCGCGUCACAUGAAGGCGGACUGUCAAAAUUAUUUUACUCAAGAUAUGGGGCGCAGUUUGAUUGGUUUUGUUCAAAAAUUGGAGCAGGUACAAGUUGUUUCCGACUCAUAGGAUAUAUCGGCGUUUAUCGUAUUUGUCUUUCCCUAUUCACAUUUCAUAUUUUAAUGACACUGCUGACUAUUGCUGUCUCUUCUAGUCAAACUAUUCGGGGAAAGAUUCACAACGGAUUCUGGUUGUGGAAAAUUGCUUUCAUAAUCACUCUGUGGCUUAUUGCGUAUUUGUUUCCAUAUUUGGAAACGCUUACCAAAGUUUGGAUGAUAAUGGGAAUAGUCGGGGGAAUGCUAUUCGUUUAUGUACAGCACAUAACAUUGAUUGACUUCGCCUAUGAAAUAAAUGGAAACUGGCAUAAUAAAUCCAAGACGUCUCCCUGCUACACGUUAGCCAUUUAUGUCACCACACUUAUUCUUUACUCAGCUACAGUUUGUGCUUAUACUGCAUUUGUUGUCUUCUACGGUUUACCUCGUCAGUGUACAUUGAAUUUAACUGUGACAGGUAUUAAUGCUGGUCUCACGUUAUUAUUUGCCCUGUGUUCUGCAUUUUCUACGAUAUUACGCAAAGGUCAAAUGUGGUUACCUGGGGCAAUCACUUCUGCAUUUGUAGCCUUUUUAACAUGGUCAGCAUUAGGAAGUCAACCAAGGGUACUAUCAUCGAAUUUUCCAUGGCAAAGACAAACAGUAAAAAAGGUGAAUGAUGCUCAGAAAAAUUUCACUGUUCACCCUUUGGUUGUUGUUGCUGACCAGUUGAAUCGUCUACUGUCCAAUCAAUUUUCACGCGAUAAAGAAGAUAAAACAACAGUGGCACCAAAUGCUGAAAUGAAGUCGAAUAAAUCAGAGUCAAUUGUGCUAAUUAAUGAAUGCCUACCCGGUGGUGGGAUAAGUAAAAUCAGUGAACAUUUAGGCAAAGAUAUUGUUACAUUUUUAGGGAUUACAGUUGUUAUUGGUGGAUUUUUAUACUCAAGUUUUCGUGCUUCCAUGCAAGCAAGACGGUUAGGAAUCCGAACUAGAAGAGAGAAAUUAAAAGCACUUUUACCUCCUGUCCAUGAAAACAGUGAAUUAUGUGAUUUCUCAUCGAGAGCAACUUCUAAUUAUAAAAAGUCUUCCAAUGCAGUCAGAAGAGGAGGAGAUGGAGCAUUCGUAAAUAAAAAAUCCUCUGAAAAAUCACCAGUACGAUUUAUGAAUCAUAAAGAUGUGAAACGACAAGAACGUGCAUUAAAUCUGCUGGCUGAGGCAGUCGCUGAUCUACCUAAUCCAAAAGUAUUUCGUAGACCAUCAGCACGUCAACCUCGAUUAAAUACACAAGCACCUAGUACAUCAAAUAUGCCUACACAAUGCAUAAUGAAUAACAAUGAUAAUAAUAACAACAAUAAUAAUGAUGUAGGCGAUAGUAAUGCGGAAAAUGCAAAGGAUUAUACACGGAUGUCGUUUGAUUCAAAUACUUCUACAACUACUCCUAAAAAUGAAAGUAAGUCAACUCUACGCUUAGCUUCAUCUGAACCGGAUCUAACAAUCACUAUGCGAAAUUAUUCACGUCAACGUGGUGAUAUACGUGAUUUAGACUGGUCAGCAGUAAAUGGUGAUGCCGCCGGUGGCAAUGGUAAUCGAAAAUCAUCAUCAUCAAAAAAUAAAUUUGGUAAACGUUCUCGAGAGCAGUCAGUAACAUCGUCAUCAAAUCAUCGUAUUGGUUAUCUUCGACAGAAAAAGGUGAAACGGUCUAAAAGUCGUCUGAAGAAAACAUCUAACGACGAUGGCAAUCCUAACAUUGACACUGGUAACAAUGAAAGCAAUGUAAUGACAACUACGGACGGAGAUACUACUUGUUUGCAUCAACAAUCUGUUGAGAAUCCCAGAUCGAAUCCGCUGAAACCAAAACUUCAGUUUAAGAAAAGAAUCAAGAAAACUCUACGUGGAACAUAUCGGUUAAAUUCAAAUGAAAAACGUAUUGUUCAUGAUUUAUACCUGUUUAGUGCUGAUGGUCUUCCUGAAAAAGUUGGUCCUAAUAUCUACUUAUCUGUUAGUCCAACAACAAAUAACCCAUUGCCAGUUAUUACCAAUGUUGCUAGACGUUCUCCACUAGCGUGUAAAUAUAAUCCACAACCUUUGAAUCUAUCAAAUCCUGCAUCAAAUCAACAACAACAACAUUCACCACAUGAUAUAAUUGAGUCGACAGCGUUGACAUCACCUAAUCAUUUGCGAUAUCGUCGUGCUAGAUGGGCUAGUGAAAUCGCAUUGAAUAAACGUACCAGUGGAUUAUUUGAAGUAGAACCAGGGUUGAUGAAUUCACUGACUUUUCUUGGAACAAUGUUAAAUACUGCUGCUCCACGUGAUGGUUAUACCAUGUACAAUGAAGCGAUUGCAUCAGUCUACUCAUAUCCAUGGUUUCAUUUUAUUUAUGCACUAGCCGCUUUAUACUUGAUGACUCAAUUAACUAAUUGGUAUAAUCCACAGAUUUCACGUGUAGAUACUUUAUCCGAGUCAUGGGCAAAUAUGUGGAUGAAACUGGCAUCAUGUUGGUUAGCUUUAAUAUUAUAUGCAUGGACUAUAGCUUGUCCAAGAUUGUGUAUUGGUCGAAAACUUGGUGCAGCAGCACCAUUUACACCACGUACACCACGAGGGAAAAUAUCACCAAAUGUAUCGGUUGUUUAA